UAACCUCCACAGACCAAAAAAACCCCGUCGUCAUUCGCUGGAGGGUCGUCCGAUUCGACGCCGACCGACAGACCCAACGUUCCCUACCUAAGUUACUUCGUAGUAACUUUGUAACACCAAUUAAAUAGUUUGCCCUCCGUCUCUCUCCGUCUCUCUCUCUCUCCCGCGUACCCCGUCUGUCUUGUUGUCCGUGCUCUCUUCCCAUCACGAACCCACUCAUCAUAACAGCCAGCCCGACCGCUCUUUUCUGGCAUAUCAAUCUUUUCAUCUAGCAUUUCUUUUUGCUUGCUUUGCACUUUUCCCGUUCGUCCCGGUUCCACACCCCGCGCUCAGCCAUGGCAGAGGAAAAGGAGUCGUUGCUUGCCGCCGCCGCAGCGACGGGAGACACAUCUUAUGGUAAUACAUAUACACACAUGGCCACCUAAAUCUAUAAAGCACACGCACGCACACGCACGCACGUGCACGUUAAACAUACGAUGCCCGCACCACGCACACAUUCUUCGUCCGUCGUCCGCGUCAGUUUGCGAGGGCGUUCCCCCCAUGAGCGCAUCUAACCCGCUUGCCCAGCACCCUCAACAACAACAUCAUCAUCAUCAUCAUCGUCAAUAUCAUCUUCACCGCCGCCGCCAUGGACCGCCGCCCUCGCCUCGUCGCGCGACCCGACGCGCCUCAUCCCGCAGGGCAUCGCCCACCGCGGCUACAAGGCCGCCUAUCCGGAGAACUCUCUGGCCGCCUUUCGCGCCGCCGCGCGCGUCGGCGCCCACGCCAUCGAGACCGACGUUCACCUCACGGCUGACGGCGUCGCCGUGAUAUCUCAUGAUCCCAGUCUCAAGCGCUGCUUCGGCAUCGACAAGAACAUCAGCGACUGCGACUGGGCCUACCUCUCCACCCUCGGGAUGCUCAGCGACCCGACCCAGCGCAUGCUCAGGUUCCGCGACUUUCUCACCUGGCUCGUCGCCGGCCCGGGCCUCCUCGUCUCCGGCGGCAGCGACGAUGAGGAGGCGGAGGAGGACGAGGACGAGGCGCGCACGCGGGCCAAACUCUGGGUCCUGCUCGACAUCAAGAUCGACGACGAGCCGCGCGCCCUCAUGCGCGCCAUCGCCGCCGCCAUAGCGCAGGUCCCUCCCAGCAGCGCCAUCCCCUGGGAGCAGCGCAUCCUCCUCGGCUGCUGGAACGCCGCCCUCAUCGAGGCCGCCAGCCAGGCCCUCCCCGGCUUCCCCCUCGCCCACAUCGGCUACUCCCUCUCCUACGCCCGCCACUUCUUCCCCGUCCCGGACCUCGCCUUCAACGUCGCCCAGGCCGCCCUCCUCGCCCCCCUCCGCGGCCGCGCCUUUAUGCGUGCCGUCCGCGCCCGCGGCCGCUCCCUCUUCGUCUGGACCGUCAACACGGAGCGUGGCAUGGAGUGGUGCAUCCGCCAGAACCAGUCCUCCUCUUCUUCGUCCUCCUCCGCUUCUUCUUCUUCCCUCCGCGGCCCCCGGCUCGUCGACGGCGUCAUCACCGACGACCCCAAGCUCUACCUCUCCGUCUGCCGCCGCUACGAGGACCAGCUUGACGGCAGGGCCACCACGCCUACUCGGCCGGCCACCACGCGUGAGACCAUGGGCUUCGUCAUGCACGUCAUCGCCCGCCAGCUCCUCUUCAAGUUCAUGUUUGUCUACCGCCGGUUCUGGCAGAACAAGCUGGACUACCUGCACGAGCGCGCGCCCAUAGACAAGAGCGACUGAGGUUGGCAUGGAUAGAGACGUGGCCAGACGGACGGCGGUCCCCGCUGGUGCGCAAACAGCACCCCACUGGCAUCACAAAACAUUGAUAAUGCAUUGUAGACAGGCUCUGGGCCAUCGGGCCUUGGUAAUUUUGGAAUAGUCCUUUGUGUUUUUGUACUCGAGUCGUCAUGUAUCGACUCGACUGCCGACGGGGCAGCUCUUUUCUUCUAAUGCACACACGCACGCCUCGCUUCUCGCCUC